AAUGCCAUUCGGAAAUGACCCACCGGACUAUGUUCAUCUGCGGAGCAAUGAGAGUCAGAUGCAACUGAUAACUAUCAGUGAAAAUAGUGAUAUACCUACUCCGAGCGGAUCUCCGUGUUUCAAUGCUCCAGCCAGAGAUGAAGCUCCAUCGGUCAUAUUUAUUCCAGGAAAGAAAUUCCAGGGAACAUUCCGGUGGUGGAAAUCUCGAACAACAAUGGAGAAGCUGCUUCUCCCCGUACUUCUCCUAUUUUGCCUGUUGACUGCAGUUUUGUUGGCAGUGAUAAUCAAUACUGAUAAGCGGAUAGAAGCCAUGAAAACCGAUCACGCAACUCAGACCGAGCACGCAGGAUUUGGGGAUCCAACGGAGAAUCCAACGAAGACGGCAGAAGAUCCUAGAGUACCGCCGAUAGUACCUGAAGCGCCGACUAGUCCUGAGCCUGAAGUGACGACGUCAACGGAGAAGCCCAAGGAGCCAGAGGUGUGCUCAACGCCUGGAUGUGUCAGAGCAGCUACCCAUUUUCUCAACGCCAUGAACACCUCCGUAGACCCUUGUGACGACUUUUUCGAGUUCGCGUGUGGUCAGUGGAAUGAUCAGCACCCGAUCCCAGAUGAUAUGUAUGGUUUCGGAACGUUCGCGUACGCCAGAGAACAGGUUCGCCAGCAGUUGCGAGUCCUUCUCGAGCAGGAAGUCGUCACCGAGUCCGAGUCGAUUAAUAUGGCAAGGGCCACGUACCGGAGCUGCAUGAACAAGACACAACUAGAUGAGCUGAUGACGGGACCCCUUUUCGAAACUCUCACUGAACUCGGCGAGUGGCCACUUCUUCAGGAGAACUGGGACAAGACAAAGUUCAACUUCACCAGUCUCCUUGUAAACUCCCGACGAGACUACGGAGUUGACGUCUUCUUCCAGCUCUAUAUCUACGCCGACUCUAAGAAUACAUCCAGGAACACGCUUUUUAUUGAUCAAUCCACGUUGGCCCUCGGCCGAGGAACCCGUGACUAUUAUUUGAAUACGACUUUGUUCUCAAGCCAUAUGACUGCCUAUCGGAAGUAUUUGAGACAGAUUGCGCACCUGCUGAAAACAGACGGCAACUUGACUCGCAGUGAGUCGGAAAUGAACGCAGAUAUCGAGAAGAUCAUCGACUUUGAGAUUGAGUUGGCGAAGAUAAUUGUUGCUGAAGACGAACGCCGUAACAACACCCGUCUCUACAACAAACGUCAAAUCCAAGACCUCUACAACCUGCUCCCCCAGGUGGAUUGGGUACCAUUCUUCCAAAGCAUAGCUCCAUCGGACCUAACUCAUCUUUUCCAUAAUGAGACGGAAAUUAUCAUUUGUGAAAUUGAAUACCUUCAGCAUGUCUCUGAGCUCAUCGAGAAAACUGACGUGGGGCUUUUGACCAAUUAUGUGCUCUGGAGAGUUGUCCAGUCAAACGUGAGGUACUUGGAUGAGAGAUUCGAAGAUAUUAAACAAGACUUCCUGAAAGUAAUGACAGGCCAGCAGCAGUCGCCGCCACGAUGGAAGGACUGUGCUCAGGUCCCGUCGACAGUCCUACCGCUAGCUGCCGGAGCAAUUUAUGUUCAAGCUCAUUUCCAAGAGAGUGAUAAACAUGAGGCGUUGAGAAUGAUAAUGCACUUGAGAAAUUCGUUUGCCGACUUGGUACGACAAAACGAUUGGAUGGAUGAGGAGACGAAGGCCGUGGCGAUUGAAAAGGCAAACUCGAUGAUCAAUAAUAUCGGAUAUCCCGACGUGACAAAUGAUCUUCCUAAGUUGGAUAAGCAGUAUUUAGGGUUAUCAAUCAGUGACUCCGAUACCUACUACUACAUCAUGAAAAAGAGUGUCGUCUGGAUGCAAAGCCGCGAGUUCCAAAAGCUCACGAAACCAUUCGACAAGCACGAGUUUGACAUUUCACCGGCUGUAGUAAACGCGUUCUACUCCCCCGAAAAGAAUGCAAUCACAUUCCCAGCGGGCAUUCUGCAACCUCCGUUCUUCUCCGGCACAUUUCCCAAGGCAGUGAAUUACGGAGCAAUUGGAGCAGUGAUUGGGCACGAGAUUACUCAUGGAUUCGAUGAUCAAGGAUCACAGUAUGAUAAGGACGGAAAUUUGCACAAUUGGUGGAGUGAGAGCUCGUUGAAUUCGUUUGACACAAGGAGGAGGUGUAUUGUCGAGCAGUACGGGAACUAUACAGUGCCCAAGACUAACUUUAGGGUGAACGGAAAACUGACCCAAGGAGAGAACAUUGCCGACAACGGUGGAGUCAAAGAAGCGUUCCAAGCCUAUCAGAAAUAUGUGACCGAAAAUGGAGAAGAGCCUAGGUUACCCGGUCUCCAGCAGUACACGAAUGAGCAGAUCUUCUUUGUCAGCUAUGCACAUUUCUGGUGUGGCAAGAAGAAAGAAGCCGCAGCGAUGCAACAAGUGCUCACCGAUGAGCAUUCUCCAGAGGUGUUCCGAGUAAUUGGUGUCCUGUCGAAUAUGCAAGCUUUUGCUGACGUCUACAAGUGUCCCCGUAAUGCUCCAGUUAACCCAGAUCAUAAAUGUAUUGUUUGGUAAUCUGUUCCUUUUUUUGUCUGUGCUCCUUAUCUCAAGCUCUCUUUGAUUCUUCCUACAUAGGCACAAAAAUGCUGCCUGCCUGCCUAACUAGGUUGCCUGACUAGGCAGGCUUGCAGGCAGGCAUAUUUGUGCCUCUCUCAUUAGUUCCCAAAGCUGCCUUACGGGUCUCUCCCGUGAAAAUGUACAUAUUUCCGAUUUUAUAAUUCUACCGUGUGACUCUUCCCUUGAAAACUCUUCUCGUCUCGUUUUGACCUACAAAAUAUUGAAUUUGAAAAAAAUUAAUCACUCAAGUUUAAAAAGAACAUUUAUAUUUAAAUUUUAUGUCAAUAAAAAAUUAUU